AUGGAAGAAGAUCGAAGUAACGGUAAUUAUCUGGAUACGAGAGAAGCAGAUCGACCGAUUUGGCUGAUGAAGAGUCCUGUAGUCGUCACCAAGGCUUGGGCUAAGCACGUGUCCUCCGCUUCGUCUUCGUACUCUUCCCCGGAAUCGUUAGAGAUAGGGAAGAUUGUUCUCAGUAUCGAUCCUCUACAGCCCGAGAUCACUCCCGAGUACUCGAUGGAGAUUGUUGGUGCUGAGAUCCGGAACAUGCCAAAGAGCUACGCUUUGAACAUGUUCGAAGACUUUGUUCCCAUGACAGCCUUCUCCGAAGCCAAUCAAUAUAAAGACACAGCUCUCGUAGGAAUGAUAGACCACAAGUUCGAUAUGAAACCGCUUGGAGAAGACAUUGAAGACUACGCAAGGCUUUGUCGUGAGAGAACAAACAAAGCCAUGGUUAAAAAUCGUCAAGUUCAGGUAAUUGAUAAUGACCGUGGAAUCCAUAUGAGGCCAAUGCCUGGAAUUCAAGGUUUAGUUUCCUCCAAUUCAAAGCAUGAGAAGAAGAAACCGGUCCCGGUUAAGCAAACCGAGGUGAAGAGGACGAGGAGAGAUCGUGGUGAGCUUGAAGCGAUAAUGUUUAAGUUGUUUGAAGGACAACCGAACUGGACAUUGAAGCAGCUGGUGCAGGAGACGGACCAGCCUGCGCAGUUUUUGAAAGAGAUACUGAACGAGCUGUGUGUGUACAAUAAGAGAGGAUCGAACCAAGGGACGUAUGAGCUUAAACCGGAAUACAAGAAAGCUGCUGAAGAUGAUACAAAUGGGCAGUGA